AGAUCGCUCCUCCCAUUGUGUCAAUCGCCCUUCCCGAUAGUUUCCGAUUGCCUUUCUGCCCAUAUCGUACCACUACCAUUCAGUCGUUCCUUGUGCAUAAUUUCUUUGCCUAACAUUUUUACUUUGAGAUCCGGUGGACCUGCUUGAUUUAUUUGGUUGACAAACCAGAAUCUCAACUGCGUCCAUUUGUCUCAACGUUUAGACAAAACGCCCCAACGUUGACCACGACGCCUCAACUUCAGCACCGUUUAGGUUUACGGGUUAGGGUCUAGGAUUCGGGGUUUGUCCUGGUCGUCGGCCAGGGCAGCCGCCGCCGGCCGGCCGGCGGCGGCUGCCCUGGCCGGCGACUCUCUCCUUUGCUUGUGUUGUGUUUCACACCCGCGCCCCUUCCCGUGUGUGUGUUGCCUCGUCCUUGCGCCUCCUGUGCCUUGCCGACCCCGCCCCGUGUCAAUGAUGCCGGGCUUACCUUCCCGCCACUGCCGACUACCGUUGUGUGAGGCCUCCGGGCGAUCGUUGAGACGAUUGCGCCCCGGCCUCGAGAACGUUGAGACAAGAACGUUGAGAUUCUGGUCUGUUAACCGAUUUAUUUACGGGCAAUCAAUCUUUCCCGAACAAGAUGGUGCUCCUGCGUCAGAACUGGUGAGAGCGAAGUUUUGCACCAGCCGUAUUCGUCUUCGCCGGGCAGGCGGUGCCAGAAGACCGGCAGGAGAAGGGCGUCGAAACAGAUUGUUUACAGCUACAAGUUCCCAGUUGCCAAAGGUGUAGUCCUCUGUGUGACAAAUUUAUUGGGACCAAUGGUUUCGAAGCUCGUAUUCGUGACCUUCGGUAUCGCCCGCUGGUGCCACCAUUUUGUGCUGAUCGACCAAGCUUCAGCGGUUUCUUCUUCGAACCACGGGAGAGAUGGUCAAAAGGCAGCUUCGUCGGCGUUUCUCCGUCCACGAAGGGGGAACAACUACUACCCGCAGACAAAUUCGUUGAAGCGAAGACUCAGGGACCACCACGACGGGGAAGUACUACCAAGCGGCGAAAACAAGGGAGCUAGAAUUACUAGUAGCUCCCGCCCUGCUGGUGCUGUUUCUGAUGUUGAGACCGCUAGCACUUCUCUUACGGGGAGAAGCAAUUUGCUGCAAAAGAGCCGCCGGAAAAACUCUCGGGACGAGAAUUUUUUGCCUGCCGAGGGAUCAUGGAAGCGUAAAAAUCUUCUUGGAGAAGGAAAAGACGAUGUCAUUGCAGCUGUCGAAGGUGGUGAAAAAACGGAACAAAGGAUAGUACCGCAAAUGCUCGGGGAAGAUGAAGAUCCAGGGUUUCACUACGACGAAGAAACAGGAAAUUCCUUUCUGCAGCGACAACGACUCACAAAGGCACACUGCGCAGGAGGAGGCCUAGAAGAUGAAACAACAACCGCCGAAGGGCUGAGCGAAAUCCCGGAGGAACAGCGGACCACCUCCGAGCAUCCUGUGCGGAAUGGUGGAAGCAACAACGCAGCUGUUACAGGGGACGACGGGAAGAUGAGCAACAGUAAAGAUAUGCUGAAUACCGCGAUGAACAAAAAUUUUCGUACGACAGCUGUUUUAAGUUCCGCCGCGGAUUCCAUACCGAGUGAUAAGAAUCUUUUUCAGCUUCAAGAAAGGCAGCUAGCCUUUUUUUCGACGGAUCAUGCUGGGGGAAUAGCAGGAAAUGGCGAUUUACCACAACCCGGUGGCGCGCCGUCAAUUUACGAAAAUUAUGGCAUGAUAAGCCCCGCCAGUAUUUCCGUCGGCGAAAUAAGUAAAACUCCAUCGACGAUAAUCCCUAGUGGAGUUCUUUCUUCCUCCCCCGGACAUCAACAGCCAACCGCAUUGGGUCUCGUAUUGAGCAACGAGAUUCUGCAAAAGUCCGCCAGCGGCGGAUUUCUCGGCGCGUCCCUGGGAGCGCAGUUCAAUCGACUGCGGGAUACCUACCACCGGCAGCAGGGCCGGUGCCCGGGCGGCGCCGCGCCGGCAAGCGACUGGUGGGAGGCGGCGAGCGAGUUGACCUGCGCCCGGCAGUGCAUACUGGACGACUUGUGCGCUGGGUACGAGGUCGAGCACAUGUACAAGUUCGAAAUCAAGAUGGAAGAGAGAAUAACGGAAGAUGAUGAUGAAAAUCCUAGGGGUCUCGGCGACGACAAAGAAGUUGAUCUUGCAUCAUCGACAAGAAAAUCCUCCCCCACCCUGGUCCGCGAUUUGGAUUUCGUUUUGUGCCGCUUCGUCCGGCUGGUGUGGCCGGGUAUGGAAUUUACUUUUCCUACGCAUUUAACGCGGACUGGGAAAUCAAACAUUGUCUGCGGGGUGAAGAAGUUAUCCCUGCUACGGUGGGAACGCGAGGAGAUGUUUUCGGUAAGGGAAGCUGAUGGGGGAAAACCGAGCAGCGGUCCUCAGCAACAAUCGGAGGAGGUAUCAACUGCAAAUACGUCUUGGUUGCCUUUGAAACAACAGUGUGGACGUUUAUCAUGCAGAUUUUGUAGGACCACCCACGAUUAUGUGUGGGAUUUUUGUGAUGACUAAUGCCCAGUUUCGUUUGAUGCUCGAAGAUGAAAAAUACCCUCUCCGCGUAGCAAAAACUGGCUCGCUUUUGCUCUGUAUGCAAGAGUACAGAUUUUUGUAUGAUCCAAAACCAAAACAAACGCACAUCACAACUUGGCACUCUGCUUCCAGAGGACCACCCCCCAGACGCAUUUGCACUGCAUAGGAGGAAAAGAAACAGCAAAGUAGCACUGCCUUUUCCGACAUGGACUUUGCGAGAUGGGAGCAGGACGAGGAAGAAGUACAAACUGAAAAUGAUACCGAGGCAACAUCAGAUACCAGCAUCACAGAAGACCAACAGGGGGACAAGGAUGGGACGACCAAUGCGCCGUCCGACGUUGACGAAAAUGUUGAGACAGGUGCGGAAAUAAAUCGAGAAAUAGAAGGCAACGAUUUCGCCAGGACGCAGGCGCCUACCAUGGACGAUGCUGACCAAGGGCCCGACCAAGAUCUGCUUAGCACAGAACACACCCGGCCGGUUGUGCAGCCACCCCCCGCGCUAUUCGACUCUCUGCCAAAUAUCGGUAUGGACCGUGCAAAAGUAAAAUAUCGCUGGAAAAGUCUGAUUUGUGCACCAGCAGACGAUCUUUGCAAGCAACUUAGCGGAGUAGCAGACAGACGCUGAUUAAAGAACUACGUUUAUGAUCACUAUCCUAUUCAAAUUCAGCAGGACGACGAGGAAAAUAUCUUCACUCCGGAUGAAAGUUUGUAAUUGUAUGUCCGUAUGCAUCUAUGAAAAAUGAAAAUCACUUUCAUGUGUGCGAUAAAAGUACUUUUGCACUCCAUACCCUUCAAGCGGCCGCAAGCGUGCCUUGCGGCCUUUGGGAACUGGACGCCGCUGGAAUACGUGCCGGUCUAUCAAAUGUAAAAAUGUCUGGGUCUGGAAGAAUGCAAGAUUUGUCAUGCAUAUUUCUCAUGACCCAUGAUGCCUGUAAUGCAUGCCCUAGCAUCACAGGUUUUUUGCGGGAUUCUUAAUGCCCAUUCCGCAUGACAAAUGCCCUCUCCGCGUAGCAAAAAUUAGACUCUGUUUGCUGCUCAUGCAACACAAAUUUUUUAGUCAUCGAAACGCAGCAUCACAAGUUUAACAACAACAAACUCAUGUAACUUAUAGGGGCAGAUACUUCAACAGUUUAGCAGUGUGCGGGGGGGUGACUCAUGAGGUCCCCCCCCACCCGCUGUGCCCAUAUCAAAAAACACACAGGGAAACUCGUUUUUUCUUUUCUUUCGUACAGCAAGGGGAUAGCAUGGGUCGUAAGUCGUUUAAGGGGGAAAAAGAUGCCUAAGGACUGCAGUAGAAAGAGGUAAUUUUGAGAUAGAGAUUACAAAGUAGACGAUAUAGAAACAUUAGUAAAACUGUAGUGAAGAGUAAAGUGGUGGUUUCGAUUUUUUCUUUUUUCUCGCUUGUAUACAUAUGUAGACACUAAGUAAUGAAGUAAGAAAGAAAAAAGAACAGAUAUGGGCGCAGAAGUGGAUCAGGAGGACCAGGGAGGGCAGGUGAAGGUGGGACUACGAGCAAGAAUUUGGAACGAGAGCUUGCAGAACGACGCCGAGCUAGAGGAUGCGCUGUGCCGACACCUGGAAGAAAAACGAGACAUCGGGGACCUGCUCUGUGUGUGCAAGUGGUGCUACCGGGUAAACAUGGCGAGGGAGGUCACGCACAAGCACGCAAAAACGAAGCACAACAGCCACCAGCUAACCUGCCCGGAAAGAGAUCGAGAUGGAGACGCAGGCACGACUUCGGAUAAAAAGGUACUGGCAGAAAAUGUUUUUAGAGUGGUAAGUGUAGCAAGCACAACAGAGCCACUAACUACAACGAAAAAUACGAAGUCAAAAAUUAUGGAGACUGACAUUUUUUGUGACGAAGUGAAGCCGCGCAUGGUGGACAUAGACUGGCUGAACAAGCCAAAAAGAGACCAAAUGAUUGCCCCACACGGGAACAAGGGAGUGUUCGCGUGUGGGCUCUGCCAGGUCUGUAAUGCUGACUCCUGCGAUUUUAUUGACAGGCAUACGCACACCUGUGUGCGUGAGUCGGCAAAUUCCCGUGCAGCCUUAGCAGAGGGAAGAGCCCGCACACAAUGCAGGCGCUGCAGCGCCCAUGUUGCCUGUAUGCGAUCCCAUAUUUUGGCGCAUGAGGCCCUAGAUAGGUAUAGCUAUCUUAGCUCGAGUAAGCACUACGAGCUAGGAACGCUAGCAUGGGACCAAAAAGUAGCGCUUACAAAUUGCAUUCUUGAUGAGCCACUAUGGGGGCAGGCGGUAUCCUCGUCGAUGAAUGUUCAGUCACUAAGAACAAAAAACGUCGACAGCUACAUCUUGAAAUAUGUGGAAGACAUUGAGCCGCAUUUUCUGGGGCUGGAUGAAACCAACCUUGACUCGAUAGAUAAGUCAUGGCUGAUUCACCAGCUUAUUGCCCUGGGGUAUCACAUUAUCUUCUGCCCACGGAAGCACGAGGGGGGUGAUGCAAAAAAGAAGAGAAAAAGCGGGUCAUCCAUUUUGGCAGUUAGAUCUAGUGUAAGGCUAGUGAAAAUACUAGAAGUGGACGACGUCGAUGGGUGCGAGAUUAUUCAUGUCUUGGUGGAAAUGAACAGCGUUGUAUUUGAAGUCAAAAAGCUUUACGCCAAGCAUGCAAAACUAGACGCAACACACCUAGGGAUAGGAGCGGGGAUUAUUAUUGGGGACCUGAAUGCAAGGCACUUGAACUGGGACUACAAAAACAACCCAAACGGAACAACGCUGACAAAAUGGCUAGAAGGGGAAGAGGGUAGGGGCUUCUGUUGCGCUAAUGUGAAAGGGCAGGCAACGAGGGUACAUGGUGAAUGCGCAACAGCGCCAGACGUGAUGGUUUUCGGCAAGGAGACUUUUGAAAAACCAAGGUUCGUAACGUACUUGCCAUACAACUUUGACGCAAUGGAAACGGAGACUAGCGAUGGAAAACAAGCAACCCAAAUCCUUGAAGGGGGAAAAGGAAUAGCAGAAGAGAAUGAUGCGUGCUCAGAAGAACACCUGCGGAAGAAGAGAAAGACAAACAUUGGAGCCGUUGACGCAGAUACUAGUCAAGAGCAGAAUAGUAUUAGCCCAGAAGAGGCUGAACUAGAAUGGGAAGGGGUUUUUGAGGUAAACAAGGAAAGAGCAGAUGAACGUGCGUGCUACGUGCGAAUCUCCAGUGAAGAUGUAGCGGGGGUUGUUAAGAGCGGCGGUCUAAUAGUUGACGGCGUCGCAGAAGGGGAGAGCCUAUGGAGCUGGGGCCUGGAGAAUUGCAAGUUUUCAGAACAGCUUUCUGAUCACUGCAUGGUGGAGCUCCGCCUGAGCAUCAAAGGAGCGGUGGUUGCCUUGCCAGAAGUGGCAAGCAUUUUUGUGCCGGAAGUAGACGAAGAAAGACACGCAAUGCCAGCGGAGCUGGAGCAAGAAGUAGGUGGGGAAUAUGGGGAUGAUGAUCGGGAUGAGCCGGGGGGGGGAGGGAGCGACUGCAACUACACCAGCAAGCUUUUGAAGUUCAAGUUUGAAAACGGAAUACCAGUGAAGGAACAAACAUGGGUAACGGCGUACAAUCGGGAUCUUCGUGAUAGACUUGCAGACCACCCCCUGAUGCGGAAGAACUGGCAGAAGCGGAAAGUAGGGCUGAUUCAAAACGAUCUGAAGCUGGUAAAGGAAGUAAUGCUAGAGGUAGCAAAAGAGCAUCUUCCCUGCUCGCGGGGAAGGAAGGCUACAGAUGCUACUAGUGAUGUAAAGGGAACACAAAAGCGGGCACGAAAGAAACCAAAAAAGGACGAGAUAGGGCGGGGAAGGGAUUCAGAUGCAGAAUUGGACCACCUACCACCAAAGGAAAGGUGGGAACACAUCAACCAGAAAAUACGAAGAAAGAAAAUUUGGACCACCGGGGGUUUUCCCUCGAAGCUGGUCAAGCAUGACAAAGCGGCCAUCUACUUCAAGAGGGCAACUGGAGAAGAUAUCACGGAAAAAGGAAACCAGAGCGCUUUGCUGUGUCCACCGCUUACCCUGAAGGAGAUAGAAAGACGAACGAACGAGGCAGCUAUGAAAGAGAUAAAGAAGCGGAAAAUAACAGUAGAGCCACUUCCGGGCGAAGCAGUUGACGACCACGACGAAAUAGUGAACUACUUCGCGGCCCAAUACAAAGGGAGACCGCAACAGGUCUACAGCAAGAACGGCUUUGAAGUGCCAGAUGAGAGCGAGUGGAAAAAGAAAACCUUCAAAGAUACGCGAUUGAAGUCGCGCCAGAAAGCGAAGGAGGGGCAAUUUUGGGAGUUGACCAGGACAGAGUUUGCGGCGGCUAUCAGGAAGCUGGAAUGUAACAAGAGUCCGGGGUGUGAUGGGGUUACGCAUGAGCUGGUCAAGGCUUUGGAUGGGGUAGGAUGGGAGUGCUUAUUUAGGUGCUACUACGUGUUAGUCAAGCACAACGCAUUUCCGGAAAUAGGGCGGGAGAUUAUCCUAGCACCUGUAGGCAAGACAGAAGAGCAGGCUUUCUCAGAAAGUUUGUUUCGACCUGUAAGCUUGUUAUCAGUAUAUGCUAAGGUGUGGGAAGCUAUACAAGAUAGAAGAUUGUGCUUAUGGUUAGAGGGCUACCAAUGGAAUGGAAAGAGCAGAAUUGAAAAUAGCAGCCCCAAGCUCCCGCUGUACUCCCUUGCAUACAGAAAAAACUUUUGCAAAGAGUUUGGGGCUAUUUCAAUUCUCGAGUAUCUGUUUUCAGAAGAAGGACUGAAAACAAAAGGCAUGAGAAAAUUUCUGCUGCUAAAUGAUAACGAAGCAGGUUUUGAUGUGGUUUCACAUGAGAAAUUGCUGGAGACAAUGCAUGAGUUAGAAGUGCCGGAGGACAUAGCGGCAGCCACAGUGCAGUGGCUGAGUUACCGAACAGUUAGAAUAAAAACAGGGAGCAGGUACUGGCAUCUAUCUCCGGGGAUGCCGCAAGGCAGCCCCUACUCAGGGGGCUGCUUUAAUGUACACAACACGCCACUAAUUCAAACUAUGGCGCAGCUGAAUGAAGACGGCACACAGACGCAGUUUUCGGAUGACAACAGCCAAUGCGGAACCGGUGACAUGGAAGCAGUGACAAAACUCAAAAAGGAUCUGGUGCGAACGGGCAGAAAGAAGUUCAUAUUUUUUGAAGAGACAAAGUCUGAAGCUGUUUUCUAUGAUGUUGGGGUGGAUAAGAAGGUAGAAGUGAGCGAAGCAAGUAGGUCCUUGGGGUUUUUCUAUGAUGGCGCAUGGGAUUUCUCCUCCCACUAUGAAAUCAUGCGAAAGAAGAUGAUCCAGGAGAACACAAGCGUAGCACGAUUGAAAAACUUAAGACUCACCGCAAAAAUCGACACCUAUGUCUCGAUAGUAUACAGCGCGAUACUAUCGAAUAGCAUCCCGUUUUUUCACUAUUUCAAAAAGCAGAACAGGCUGCAGAUCAAGAAAGACACUGCGAAAUUCCUGAAGGGGCAUGCUAUGCUACCCAAACAAACGCCAAACACGAUUUUGCAUCAUUGUGCAGGAAUUCCGGACAUUCACACGCUCUUUGUAGUAGAAAACUUGAUGCUCUUCUACAAAGGCGCGCAGUUGAAGCUAUGGCCACGACAAAAAGAGCCAUGCGAAGAGGUCAAGGCUAUGUUCAGGCAGACAGAUAGCAGCGACCCAGCAAAAUUCUUACUAGGCAUGGACAAAAAGCAUGCAACGUGGACAGAUACCAUUCGGCACAUGGCAAAAACGGGCUUUCCUGAUGUGCAUAGUCAUUUUGGUCAUGAGAGACUGUAAAUCGGCAAGAUUUUUUGGCGGGGCGUAAAUCUAGAUGCGAAGUCCAUGGACAGGGUUGGGACGGAUAUGGGCCUGGGGAGGCUGUCAGGUAAGCAGGGAAAAGAGCUGGACGAGGCACGGGGAAAGGUAGCACGGGCGCACAACGCACUAGUGCGGGGGCUAAUACGGAAGUCCCAGGGGAAUCUUGUCACGGCAACGGAUGGACUGGUGGACAAAGAAAGAAAUUUAGGAGUGGGGGCGGGGGCAAGUUGGUGGUGGGAGCCGGUUGGUGAUGAUGGGACGGGGAAGCUUCGGGCAGAAGUGGGGGAGGACGAGUUACCAGAUCCGAUUUGGAUCUCAGGAGCAUAUAUACACUCACCGCUGAGUGAUAUUCCAACGGAUUCUUUUGAUGCAGAGUGCAUAGGGCUAAUGCAGCAGCUUGAAAAGAUAGAACGCCAAAUCCUAACACACCCGCACUUGAGUAAAAUGCUGAGGAACUUCUAUUUUUUCUUAGAUAGCAACUCCAUAGUGCAGGCACUGGAGUGCUACAACGACGGUAGUAAUGAGAUGAUCCACAAAAUUAUGAAGCAGAUGGAAAAACUAAAAGACGCAUGCAUUGGGGAGGGGCCGAACGAGGAGGAAGAGGUAUGGUUUCACUUCCGUUGGACACCCGGACACGCGGGGCAGCUGGCGAACGAUUGUGCGGACCUCCUAACGAAUAUCUACAAAGAAAUGUGGAAAGACGGGCACCAGGACUUUUCGGACACAGCGGCGCGGCCGAUCUACAAAAAAAUGAUCACUGCGCCGAUCCUGCGGCGGCUUUUCCUGAAAAGGAUCCUCGCGCAGAACAUGGAAAAUUGCCAAUCCCCCUCGGAGUACUUGCGCGAGCGCGCGAAGUCUUUGGGGGGGUUCCGGCCGCCCGUGGGUGUCUUCCCGAUACGCGAGGCGGAGUUGGUCUACUUCUGGGUGUGGUUGGGAAUCGCCCCCCAGCCACACUUGGGGUGUGAGGAAAUCGUUUAUGAGGGAGGGAAAAUGAAACAAAGGUGCAAAAUGUGCAACAGGCUGUGCGACUGCGCAGUUGAUCACGCCCUGUUUGAGUGCAGGAAUGUAGAGGCGCCGCGCGCGCGCCAUUUUGGCUUUAAGUUUUGCGCGCCCACCUUGGGGAGGGAACUGCUUCAAAAUCCCAGAAAGAUCUUGAAGUUCAUAAUAGACGAAGCGACAAAUUUGACACAUGAAUAUUUCCGAGACAGAAUAGGUAGCUGCAUCGAGCAAGUCGGGACGAAAAUGGAAAAGGAAGUAAAAAAGCAUGAAAAGCUACCAAAUUCAUAUGUGAAGGCAUGCAGCAUGAGCAAGGCAAGAGUUUUUACAGAUGAGAUACCACUGAAAUACUUACACUGACACUAGAGCAAUCUCAUGAAUCACAAAAACAAAAACUCACAGGUUUAAAUAUACGAAAAACAUCUUUUUUUUCUUCUCCUUCAUUAAGCAGUACAUGUAAAAAGCAACGGAAUAUAACGAAAAUCAAGCUGGCGCACGGAGCCGAGGAGAAAACAGCACGCGGGAAAAUAGAAGUUGCCAGGUACUAAUUAUGAGCUUUUUGAUAAAUAGAAAUAUGAAAAGUACAUAAAUACUUAGGAAGAGUAGAUGUUGAAGAACGUGCAGGAAGGAAUUCACGCGCUCGACCACACUAAGCGGCUAUCUUCUCUUAGAAAGUAGGGCGGCAGGCUCCAUUUUUCUGACACUUUGUUCGCGCGCCCAGCACGCCUUGUCCCCCUGCUACGAGGCGUUUUGGGCUUCGACGUUAGACCGAAGCGUACAGAUAUUGAAUCAAAAUUCUGUUUCUUGUACGGGCAGCCUGGUUCGCACCUGACUCCAGUCCCAAGAGAGAAAGGUAGUCGGGACGGCGGGUGGCAGGCUUCGUUUACCUGGUACUUUGUUCGAGCGCCCUGCACGCCUGGUCCCGCUGCUACGAGGCUUUUUCAGCUACGACUUUAGACUGAAAAGUACAGACUUUGGCGAAAAAGUCUGUCUCUUGUGUGGGCCGCCUGGUUCGCGCCUGUAUCUAGUUCCAAGUGUGAAAGGUAGUCGGAACGGAAGAUCCGACGCCGACCUGCUUUCUCCCCAGGGUGGGGUGAAGGGAGGCCCGCGACAACCUCAACGGCGAGAAGUACGUGCACGCAGCCCACGCAGCGCCGACGCUGGCGCCCCCAGCCUAUCUCGAGCACGAUGAGCACGGAAGACGCGACCGGGGCCUACCCGCCGCGCGCGAAUCUCCCGCUACCACACGGGAGGGUCGCCGGCAUGGACGACCGCCCAAUUCGCCUGGUGCCCACAGAGCCCUGCAGGGCUGGGCGCGCCCUGGUACGCUCCUCUCGCGGCACAAGCUCCGGCGCCACCAUGCCGCGCCGCGCGACGUAGCUGUCGGGGGCUUCUAACAGCUAUCACGCGAUCGAGUUACUGCUUCGGAAAUCGGGGCCACAACAAAAGACAACGACACUGACAGUGCGAGACUCCCGCACUAAUGUGAUUUACUACUUAUUUAAAUAUCAUGCGUGAACACCUCUACUUCAGCAUCAAAAUGAAAAUUGAAAAUGAAUGCAAAAAUCUCCUCCAGGUCCCUAACAGACGAGCGCAGCCCGCAUGAGAAAACAGUAACUGGCUUCCCCUUCGACAGUCAGAUCUUGGCGACUUCGAGGCUUACGGCUGACACCCUAGAAUAAUUUGUACCAAACAGCCACGUAGCUUAAACUUGUACUUAGUGGGCAUCGUCGUUGCUGAGUCCCCUGACGCAAAGAAGCAAGAAGAUACUGUUUAAGACCUGGCAUCUCUGUUGACCCUUUCUCCUCGGCUUCGUUUACGCAAAACAGCAAUCGCAUCGCGCAGUCGUAAAAACUCGUAAGCCAUCGUACUGCUUUCGUUCUUCGUGAGUUGUUCUUGUUUUCACUUGGAAGAAAAAUCAAAAAACACAAGCAGGGACAGGCUGAGAAAAGGAAUAGAGUGGUAGGAGUAGAAGUUCUACAUACUUGCGCAUAGACAGAUAGAGGAGAUGGAAAAUGAUGAGUAAUGAUGUCUACCUUGGUUGUUAUUUGUCUCUCGACAUGCUGUUAAAGUUAAAUGAUCUGAGUAGUACUAGUUGUAUAAUUUUCUCCCAGCUGUAAGUCGUGUUAAGAAAAUUCAUUUUAGUAAUCACUGGAAAUUGAAUAAAACAAAAUGAAUAGCAUCUUGGCGUCUUGUGCUUUUCUUCCGUUAUAUUGCUUGCUGCUAGCAGAAGAGGAUGAGGAUGCAGAGGGGAUGGAGAACUGGCAGAAACAAUUGGUGAGAGCACGAAAUGGAAAUGCCAGCUCCAGCAUCGACAUUGGAUAUAACCAGCGUGAAGGAAACGGAAACUGCAGCUGCGACGUAUCAAAUAAAGGUAGGGCCAAAGGCCACGGGAACGCCAAACAUAGCCGCGCUCUUCUUCGUGAAACGCCCACCGCUACUGGCGCGGUGGAUAUAAAAGAAAAAUCAAAAGAAAAAUCACGAGAAAAAGAAAAAUCAAAAGAAAAAUCAAAAGAAAAAUCAAAAGAAAAUCAAAAGAAAACCAAAAAAAAAAUCAAAAGAAAAUCCAAAGAAAAUCCACGCGCUAGAAGCCUAGAAAAAAAAAAAAAACGCAGCAUCACAAGUUGCAUUCUUCCAGACCCAGACAUUUUUGCAUUUGAUACGGUCUGGAACGGAACCAAAGUGUGCCACGAGGACGGAUUGCAGCGCGACCGCGGGCACCUGUCUUCCAUACAGGCAAGCAGCGCGGAACACUGUCGCAUGGCGUGCACCUACCAGGUGCGCAGCUGCGACGCCUGGGUGUGGCACGGCGGUGCGCAGGUUGGGGAUCUGAAAAACUGCUGGCUGAAAUCCGUGAAAAGAACCAAACCGCCUGUACGACCCGCCUCGACGCUGGUCACCGGCGGUGUUUGCACGUACGAAGAGGCAGCUAGAGGUACUACCUCAGCCGGAAAUACACCGGCAGCUGCCAAGUGGACGCUGACCCCCACCUGCUGCAACGGGUAUCGGCUCGAGAAGCUGCAGGGCGUGUUUUCGCUGGACUACGUUUUACCGACGACAAGUUCAGCUUCUGGGCAACACGACAAUACAAAUGCAACAUCUUCUUCUUCUUCUUCUCAAAAGCAAAAGUUCCGACAGUAUUACGAAGAUUGCCAACGGAAAGUUUUCGGCCCCCUGCUCGCGCGACCCAGCAUGAAUUUCACGACCGUUGUGCGUGGGAACGAGUGCGACAGCAUUUUUUACAAGGACGGCCUGCCAAUCUGCCCGGUGGAGACCAACUGGUUCAAGUUUUUCAACGAUUUCCCCAUCAAAUUUGACAAAGCGCUGGAGAUGAAACUGCGUCCUACCAUUCCCUGGCUGAACGAAACAUCGAACAGCACAAGGGAACGGAAGCUGGGCGGGCAUUACGACAUUCCUAAGACCUGGCUCGCGGACAAUUUUACCGAGGUGAUUGUCGAAUAGGUUCAGGUUGGGGAAAAAUCAAGAAACGCUUCAAGAGUCUUCACAGUCUGGGCCAUAAUUCCAUGCGUCUUUGAACGCUAUGCUGUACUUUCCUUGCUGUACUACCCCCUGAUGGAAUGUUAAGUACAUGAUUCAACAACUUCUACACAUGUAAGUUUGAGACCUCGAAGAGGUUGACGCACUCAACUUCAGACGUCAUCUCUAUCUCAGUACUUUUCACUACGCACAUUCAUUCAACCGGGACGAGGCUAAGAUUCCGCUUGUGUGAGGAACGUUUUCGGCCCGGUUCUCU